GUAACAGCUGAUUGGAGUUUGCUAUAUUUUUAGUAAUAAUCAAACGAAAGACAAACGACAAUUUUUCACAAAAAAAGUUGUACCGUCUUGCACUUGUCUAUAAUUUAGUGAAGAAAACUAAUCGAAAACUAGUUUGUAAUUGUUUAAAACUAUAAAUAGUGCUGUGUGAAGACAAUAACAAUUUACAUUUGAUGAUUGGAGAGCAAAUAUACGCUAUUUAAUUGCAUUGUGCAAAUUAGGAAGGAACCCACCGAGCAACAAACAAAGUACUAAUAAUGCUACGUCUACGCAGUGGUGCCAUCAUCACCACUAAAUUACAAGAUUUUCUGCGUUUCCAACAACAAUUUGGUACGCGAUCAUUUCACAUCACCAACAUAUGUGCGCUACAGCAAAAAACGGAAACAGGUGAACAACCGCAAGCGAAUGUGCUACGAAAGCGUAAAUUCAAGCCACACGAGCCGGAUAGUGCUGCAGCCAUGGUCAAGCUGCCGGAACAGGCGCGCGUUGUUAUAUGCGGCGGUGGCACAGUAGGUGCAUCACUUGCCUAUCAUCUAGCGCUGCAAGGCUGGGGCAAAGAUACACUUCUAAUCGAACAAGAUAAAGUUGGUGGCGGCAAUCCAUGGGCCGCUAGCGGUUUGGCGGGGCGCUUUGAACCCAGCUAUACAGAGUUAAAAUUGGCCGAAUACUCAAUUGAUCUGAUUAAAUCGCUGGCGGCGCAGGGACUGUCGACAGGUUGGCAGCCGGUCGGUAGCUUGAAUUUGGCACGCACUUUCGAUCGUAUGACCGCUUUCCAUCGCAUGCGCUCGCAAGGUCGCGCUUGGGGCAUCAAUUGUGAGGUACUCACGCCAGAGCAAUGCAAAGAACGUUGUCCUUUGAUUGAGACAAGCGAUCUAGCUGGUGGUUUGUGGAUACCUGAAGAUGGUGUAUGUGAUCCACAUGAGGUUUGCACUGCUUUCAUCGGUGAGGCGCAACGUUUGGGUGUGCAAGUGGUUGAGAAAUGCGCUGUACUAAAAAUCAAUAGUGCGCACGGUAAAGUGAGUCGCAUUGAAACGACAGCGGGUGAUGUGCUCUGCGAUUACUUUGUCAAUUGUACCGGCUUUUGGGCGCGUGGUGUGGGUACGCUAUCAACCCCGCAAGUAAAAGUGCCACUAAAAGCGGUAGAACAUCAUUAUUUGCACACAAAACCAAUUGAGGGGCUGGAUCCAAUGACGCCAUUUGUGCGCGACUACGAUGGUGGCGUGUACUUUCGGGAAAAAAAUGGACGCAUACUGGCAGGCGGUUUUGAGCGUGAAGCGAAAAUGCUCUACGAAGAUGGCAUCAUACCGUUGUCGCAGAAAGAACGCGAGCUGCCGCCAGACUGGGAUCAUUUUCACAGCCUACUCGAUGAACUACUGCACCGCGUGCCGUUACUAAAGUCUUCACUACUCGAUCGCUUAACCAACUCUCUAGAAGCGUUUUCGCCCGAUUGCAAAUGGAUUUUGGGUGAGGCGCCGGAAAUACAAAACUACUAUGUUUCGGCUGGCAUGAAAACUAUAGGCGUCUCAGCAGCUGGUGGCAUUGGUCGUGCAAUUGCCGAUUUGAUAGUAAAGGGUCAAACAUUCUUGGAUCUGCACAUUUUGGACAUCAGCCGCUUUCUGGGCUUGCAUAAUAAUCGCAAAUUUUUGCGUGAUCGCUGCAAGGAGGUACCGGGCAAACACUUUGAAAUCAAUUAUCCGUUCCAUGAAUUCAAAACUGGGCGCAACUUGCGUAUGUCGCCUAUCUAUCCAGCGCUGAAAGAAGCGGGCGCGGUCUUCGGUCAAACUAUGGGUUAUGAGCGACCGAAUUAUUUCGAUCCGAGUGACAAGAGGGAUGAAUUUGGCAUCACAAGCUUUCGCACCGCCGAAACGAAAACCUUCGGGAAACCGCCCUGGUUCGAUCAUGUCGCCAACGAGUACAAUGCCUGUCGUGAGCGUAUCGGCAUCGCCGACUAUAGUUCGUUUACCAAAUAUGAUCUAUGGUCGAAGGAACAUGAAGUUGUCGAUUUACUACAAUAUCUAUGUUCCAACGAUGUCGAUGUGCCGGUGGGUUCUAUUAUACACACUGGCAUGCAGAACCAUUUUGGCGGCUAUGAGAAUGAUUGUUCAAUAGCGCGUCUAUCAGAGCGGCAUUAUAUGAUGAUUGCGCCAACAGUGCAACAGACGCGUUCCAUCACCUGGAUACGCAAACAUAUGCCAAAUCAUUUGAGAUCUGGUGUUAAUGUCGCUGAUGUGACAUCGAUGUAUACCGCCAUAUGCAUACUGGGUCCAUAUACACGCAUUUUACUCUCCGAAUUGACCGAUACAGAUUUGACGCCAAAGAAUUUUCCAUUUUUCACAUAUAAAGAACUCGACGUUGGCUUGGCUAAUGGCGUACGCGUGCUAAAUAUAACGCACACCGGCGAAUUGGGUUACGUUUUGUAUAUACCAAAUGAGUUUGCAUUGCAUGUGUAUACGCGUCUGUAUCAAGCGGGACAGAAGUUCGGCAUACAUCAUGCUGGUUACUAUGCCACACGCACCCUACGAAUUGAGAAAUUCUACGCUUUCUGGGGACAGGAUUUAAAUACAUUUACAACACCAUUGGAGUGUGGACGCAGCUGGCGUGUUAAAUUGAAUAAACCAAUUAACUUCAUUGGCCGCGAUGCGUUGCUCAAACAACGUGAGGAGGGCGUUAAACGCAUGUAUGUGCAGUUGUUGCUCAACGAUCAUGAUCAUGAGGUGGAUCUAUGGUGUUGGGGUGGUGAACCCAUCUAUCGUGAUGGUAAAUAUGUCGGUAUGACCACGACCACCGGCUAUGGUUUCACCUUUAAGAAGCAAGUUUGUCUCGGUUUUGUUCGCAAUUUCGCUGAAGAUGGCACUGAGUUGCCCGUUACCAAUGAUUACAUACUAUCAGGUCAUUAUGAGGUGGAAGUGGCCGGUAUGCGUUUCGAUGCGAAGGUCAAUUUGCAUUCACCUAAUUUACCAACGAAAUUCCCCGACAAGGAGCGUGAGGCAUAUCAUGCGACACGCGAUAAACAAGGCCAAGCCGAUUUGUUGUCGUAUGAGACCAAGUACUGAGCUGCGAUGUGCAGGGAGAAACAAAAAAAAAUAAAAAGAAAAUUAAAAAAAAAAAAUAAAUAAAAAUAAAUUGACAGCAACAACAUGUGCUCGUUGUGGCGG